CGCUGCGCGUCCCGGCGCUGAGGGAGCGAGCCCCGGGCGGCGGCGGCUGCGCGCUCCGCGGACUGUUUUGUCUUCACAAUGUUUGGGGACUUAUUUGAAGAAGAUUUUUCCUUUAUCUCCAACAACCAAUGUGGAAAAGGGAAGUCAAAGCACAAAGAUGUGGAGCCACCAGCUCCCAGGGAGUUCACCAACUUAAGUGGAAUCAAAAAUCAGGGUGGGACCUGUUACCUCAAUUCCCUUUUACAGACUCUGCUUUUCACACCAGAGUUUAGAGAGGCACUGUUCUCUCUAGGACCUGAAGAACUUGGGACUUUGGAUGAUAUCAAUAAACCAGAGGCAAAGGUUCGAAUAAUACCAUUACAGCUUCAACGGUUAUUUGCUCAGCUCCUGCUCCUAGACCAGCAGGCAGCAUCUACAACAGACCUUACUGAAAGCUUUGGGUGGAAAAGCAAUGAGGAAAUGAGGCAGCACGAUGUGCAGGAAUUAAAUCGGAUUCUGUUUAGUGCUUUCGAAACUUCACUUGUUGGGACUUCAGGUCAUGACAUUAUUAACCGGUUAUACCAUGGGAUUGUUGUCAAUCAGAUUGUCUGCAAAGAAUGUAAAAAUGUCAGUGAGAGGCAGGAAGAUUUCUUAGAUUUAACUGUGGCUGUGAAAGGUGUAGCUGGCUUGGAGGAGGCACUAUGGAAUAUGUAUGUGGAAGAAGAAUACUUUGAAAAUGAUAACUUGUAUCGAUGUGGAGCCUGUGAUAAGCUUGUUGAAGCCUCAAAGUCAGCUAAGCUACGUAAGUUGCCUCCCUUUCUCACCAUUUCUCUGCUGAGAUUCAACUUUGACUUUGAGAAGUGUGAAAGAUACAAGGAAACUAGUUGCUAUACAUUCCCUAACCAGAUAAAUCUGAGGCCUUUCUGUGAGCAGGCUGAAUUGGAUGAUUCAGAGUAUAUGUAUGAGCUCUUCUCUGUUAUUAUACACAAAGGUGGCUGCUAUGGAGGACACUAUCAUGCUUAUAUCAGAGAUGUGGAUGGAUUAGGGAACUGGCAAUUACAAGAAGAAGAAGAUAAUAUGGUUGAAGAUAAAGUUUUAAGAGAUACARAAAAUGAUAAAGAAGUAGACAACCCACUGGCAGUGUUGAAAGGGAUUUUAUCAGAGGAAGAAUCUAAACAAAUGCCCAUUGAUCAGUUAGGGCAGAAAUUAUUGGAGAAAAAAGGGAUAUCCUGGAACAAGAAAUACCGAAAACAAUAUGGGGCAUUUAGAAAGUUUUUGCAGAAUCAUCCCCAGAUAUUUCAGUUCAGUCCUGGUGAAAAUAAGGUUGGUCUUAAGGAAAAGUAUCAUAAGCUCCCGUUUAAGUCGGAUUCUAAAGGACAAGGUUUGCAAAGCUCUCCUCAGAAGAAUGAUGUCCACUGGAAUUUAGAAAAAGCACCUACAGUGCUAAGGGAUACUUCUGCUGAUUGCCAUUGGUUUGAUCUGAAUGAUUCAAAAGUCCAGCCAAUUAAGGAGAAGGAUAUUGAGAAACAAUUUCAGGGUAAAGAGAGUGCCUACAUGCUCUUUUAUCGAAAAUCUCAAUUGAAAAGACCACCAGAAGCUCGAGGAAAUCCAAAGUACCGAAUUCCUGAACACCUUUUGAAUGAAAUGACUGCUGCUAAUACUGAGCUGCAAAAAAAGAGGGCUGAAUGGGACUCAGCAAACCAUGGCAUUGACCUACAUCUGCAUUUGAGCUCUUGUUACAAAUUUCAAAAUGGGGCUUUGCAUCCUUCCCUUACUUGGAAAGAGAGUAUUGUGGAUCUGACUAUUGACAGAAGAAAAACUCUGGGAGACCUGCGACAAUCAGUAUUCCAGGUGUUGGAAUCCUGGGAAGGAGACCUGAUUCUCAGUAUGGCUAAACCUUUACCAGCAGGACUACAUCUUUACCACUCACUUGAUGGAGACGAACUGACGCUGGAGAGCGUUGGACUGGAUGAUGGAGCAGACAUCUUUGUGUGGAAUGGGAAAGAGGUUGGUGGUACAGAGGUGUUGACCGGCCCGGAUCAUGAACCAGUGAUCGUAAACGUCCUUCGUUUAGCAGAGUACAACGAAGGAGGGAAAGGUCAGCACUUCACAGAGUCCCAACACAUCUUCCCAUGCAGCACGGAACUGGGUGCUCUGCGCAGAGCCUUAGCACCAUCAGGAGGAAUCAUCCUAAAGAACGGUUCUGGGUUUGGUAAAGAUGCCAAGAACUGGGAGGUGCUUCCUGAAGAAGAUAUGAAGGAGACGGUCAAAAGAGUUGGUCUCACAGAUGGAUGCUCAAUACUAGUUUUAGACAGCCAUGACCAAAGCUUGGUGAACAUAUCAAAUGGUAAUUUAACUGCUUUUACAUAUGACAUCAGCUGGCUCCAAGUUAAAAACUUCUGCGGAACGGAUCCUGAAGAGAAACAAGUUAAAAUUACUGCCACUAUUGAAACAGUGAUGUCAGAUAUAAAAAUGAAAGCAAUACAGGAGCUUCAGCUAGAGGAAGAGCUAGCAAAUAACAGCUGCCUCAGACCUGUUAGUGGAAAUGGGAAACUUCUCUCUCCAGUGCCAGAGGAUUAUACUGUCAAGGAAGCAGAACUGAAAAUGGGAAGCUUGUUAGGACUGUGCCAUGGAAAAUCUCCAACUUCUACUCAGCUCUUCUUGUAUUUUAUUGUUGGGAGCCACCAACACACAAGCCCUGAAAUGGAGAUAGUUGUGGAAGAGACCGCCUCUGUCAAAGAGUGUUUAAAUUUAAUGCUGGAAAAAUCUGGAUUAUCAGGUGACAACUGGCAUUUGAGAAGGCUUGACUGGUGCUAUGAGGCAGGGGAAGCGUUAAGUCAAGAAAAUGCCACUCUGAAGGAACUUAAUGUUUGCAGAGGGGAUACUUUGGUUGUAACUGAAGGAAGGCUCCCACCAAAGGGGUUCCUGAAAAUACCCRUCUGGUGGUACAAGCCUUUAAGUCAUAUGGAGCAGGGAGGGAAUGCACGAGCCCAAGUGAAUGGUGUGACCUGCAAGAUGGAGGCUUUGCAGGUGUCUCCAGCAGCAGAAUAUGUCCAAACACACAUGGAUCUGUGUUACGCUGGCAGUAUAGAAAUACCAGGAGAAGCUUCUCUGGAAGAUUUGAAGAUUCAGGCCAUGACUUUGCCGUAUUGUCAGGAGCAAAUCAUUCCUCUACCUGCGUAUCUCAGAGCCUGGACAAUGGAAAGCAAGCGCCUGGGCAAGCUUCUACGGAACAACAAGCAGCAGCUCAAUGACUAUAAGCUGGGAGCCAAAGUGGAAAUCUGCAUAGAACCUCUGCAAAAAGAAGAGAAUUUGGGCCCCUGUGAACUGUUGCUUCGAGUACAGAUGGGCAUACCAGGACAGAGGGACUACUACCACUCCACAGAUUUGGUCUGGGAUAUCUCCAAAGAAUGCACAGCCUGGUCACUGAGGCAAAGAAUUGCUUCUCACUAUUGUCUCCCUGUAGAUAAGAUUGAAAUAGCCAAAUACUUCCCUGAAAAAUUUGAGUGGCUGCCGAUAUCUAGCUGGAUGCAACAGAUUUCCAAGAGGAAACGGAAGAAAAAACUGGAGAGUUUACAGUCAGCACCUUAUCACCUGAAAGAUGGAGACAUCAUUGGAGUGAAGAAUCUUCUCCUUGAUGACACAAAGGACUUCAGCACAGUGAGGGAUGAUGUUGGAAAAGAGAAACAAAGGCAGCUGGCAUUAGAAAAGAAGAAAAGCCGACAAGCUGAACGUUUACAGAACCACAUUUUAGCUGAGGAAAAGGUGACUAUUAAGCCCCGUAAACCAGAAGUGGCUCUUUCAAUCAACGUGGGAGUCUUCAGAUAGCAGCAGGCAGCUCAUUCCUCGACCCGACCGUACUGCCAAUGUGCCCAUGGGAAUGGAGUACCUCAACUGGACCAGCGAGAGGGAUGGUCUUCCCUGAAGGGUCUUCAGGAAUCACCGAGACAGACUGAAUUUAGCUUUCAGGGUGACUCUGGUUUCAUUGAAUCUCUCUGGUGAAGUGCUUUAGCAUCCCUUUAUCCUUGUGGUACUUAUUCUCAGGCUAGGUAAAUGCACUUUAUCCUUGAGAAAACUGAUUAAUAUAUUGUGCUGACCUUUCAAUGACUGUUUUGUUAUCACUCUAGGUGUUUUUUUUCCUUAAUCAGAAAAAAAUGGCAUCUUGCACCAUCACUACAGAGUUUUCUAGGGAUUUUUAAUGCAGUCAUAAACUUUUUUUUAUUUUUCAGCAGUUACUGUUCCAUCUCUCGUCACUGAAAUCCCUAGGGAUACCAGAAUUUGAUUUCCUGUCUGAUGUAUAAGUCGAUAAAAGCUUGAAGCAGAUUUCAGAUAUGAAAGACACAUGGUAGUCUGUGGACAAAAUGUUGCUAAAUUGAGUCCACAGAGGAACGAGUUCCAAAUUUGCCAAGCUCUAUACCCUGAGGACCUAUGAUUUUGUGGUAAGGAACAUAAGUGCAAUAGCCUUGAAUUUCAAAGUUACUAGUGCUUUUUUAUUGUCUACAGGCUUUAUUAACAAACAACAACAUUAGAAAAAAAAAUGACAGAUUUGAAGGCUGACCUUCGAUGGGCUUUAUUAGACUCAGUCAAAAGGCUUGUAUUUACAUUUUCAGUGUUCCUAUUCAGAGGAUUUUCCUUCACUUCUCAUUUGUUCAGCUGUUUUAAUACUUUUGAAACAUUUGCGAAAGAGCAAGAAAAUGCUUAUCUUGGUGUUGAUUUACAGCUUCCAUAAUAGAAGGGAUGUAUGUCGUUGAAUUCCAGCUGAACUGAGGAUCAAAGGUUUUUGGCUGUUAAGUAAAAUGUUGACCAAAUUGUUGCAGAAUUGGAUCUCAAGAUUGAGAACACAUGUAAGUGUCAGAGACCAUUUUUGUUACUGAGGCUGGGAAUCAGGGUUUACUAAAACUUGAUGUUUUUAUCACCUUUAUUUAAAAAUUUCAAAUAUUUACAGCAGUCCCCACUGUACAUGAUUAUCCAUARCUGAGUUGCCAGUCAGGUUCGUAGUUUUGUUUGAGUACAAAUACUACUGACAAAUUAAGCAGAACUCUUAAUGGCUUUUUUUUUUUUUUCCUUAUAAUGGGACUUUAAAUGGUGAUAAGGUGUUAUCUUCUACCUUUCCCUUUUUUCAGGCCGUGCAGUAGUGUAGUGCUGAUGGCAUGUAACGUAUUUGCCUUUUCCCUAUGGAAAUUUGCAGGAAUUGAUUCCUGGGUCAGCUCAAGUAUGUUACCAAAUACACUACAAAGCCUGUUGAAUUGCACAAAUGGCUUGCAACCUUAUUUUGAAAUGGGUACGGCCAUGUUCAAAUAUGACUUGUGAAACAUAGGCUGAAAUACCUUUAAAACUGUAAUAAUGAGUGAACAAAAUACAUAAAACUUCAGAGGACUAUAGUAAGUGGCUUCAUAUAUGUGUAGAAAUUGUUGUAGAAAAUGCUGAUACAGCAGACUACAAAAAUCCUCU